AUGAACUUACUUGGGACUGGGACUGAAAGAAGAAGGAUAAAAUCAUUAUGCUUUCUAUACCUUGGCAUCUGUCUUGGGCUCCACCUGCAGAGUUCAAAAGCUGACAGCUUUUGGAUUGCCAAUAUUAACAUAUCAUUUCAAGUUGGGAAUCGGACUGUAUGGGAGAUUGCAGAAAACGGAGUGUUCGCCAAAGCCUCACCCUUGAAGAAGGUGUCCGGCAUCGUGAUAGCUGCAGAGGACCCCCAUCAAAAUGCUUGUAGUUCUGUAACAAAUUUUAAGUCAGGAAAUGCAGGAUGUUGGAUAGCACUCAUCAUAAGAGGGCAGUGUUCAUUUACAAAAAAAAUCAGUGUGGCUGCAGAAAAAGGAGCAGUUGGUGUGAUCAUCUAUAAUUAUCCUGGUACAGGUAACAAUGUAUUUCCAAUGCUUAACUUUGGGAAGGAAGGCCCUGUGGCUGUUAUGAUUGGCAACCUGAAAGGCAUGGACCUUCUGCAUCUAAUUCAGAAUGGCAUCAAAGUGAUGGCAACCAUUGAUGUUGGAAAGCACUGUAACCCAUGGUUAGCCCGUUAUAUGGGCACCAUUUUUAUUCUUUCUUCUAUAGCUGUGGCAUAUUGCACCUUUUACUGUGCUGGAAAGCUACGAAGAGCAAGGAAUUUGAUACAGAGGUGUCAACAGGAGCUUGAUAUUACUAAAGCUAUCAAUCAUCUUGAGCUUCGUACAUUAAAAGAGGAUGGCAAAGAAGUUGGAUCAAAUGGAGACAACUGUGCAGUGUGUUUAGAAAUGUACAAGCCUAAAGAUGUAGCCCGUAUUUUGCGUUGUGGGCAUCUUUUCCACAAAAUCUGUGUUGAUCCUUGGCUUUUAAAGCACCAAACAUGUCCUGUGUGUAAGUGGAACAUGCUUGGAAAUGUGGAAAGGAUUACAGCUACAGGAGAACCAUUCGGUAUUCAGCCAUCAAAUGAAGCAUCUUCUGCUAUCAAUUCUCCUAAUGAAGCCAUCUGUCAAGAAGUACCUGCAGGAAUUCAUAAAGGCUCAAAAGCUCAAUCUGGGGACAAAUGA